AUUUAAUUAAAAAAGAAUAAACAAACUCAGACAUACAGAGACACAGACAAACCUCAGAUCCUUGGAUCCCUUCAACAACCUCCACCAGCACCAAAUCUCUGUCCCUCUCUCUCUCUCUCUCUCUCUCUCUCUUUCAUUCUCUUUGAUGAAACGACAACAACAACAUAGGAGAAUAUUCCUACUCCCUCUGUGACUAUCAACCUCUGUUGAUUGAAAGCUAAGUCUCUGUCUCUGAUACAAAGCUACAAAGUGUAAAUGUCAAGACAAUGACAAUACCCAUAAGGGGGUUUCUUAAAGACCCAGCAAAAUCUAUGCCUCUUCUGCCUCUCUUGAACGUGCACUUUCUCUUCUCGUAUCAUUGGCGCUUCUUUCAUUUGUUUAUAUGAGCUUAUUGUAUUCUUGAUGCAAUGUGGGUUCGAUUGGUGCAAUUCUAGGUUUUCUUGAGGGUGCUUAUUUCGGAUCCUCCCUCGGAUGGCUCUGUUUAGGAAGUUCUUCUAUCGAAAGCCGCCAGAUGGGCUUUUGGAAAUCUCUGAAAGGGUUUAUGUCUUUGAUUGUUGCUUUACCACGGAAAUUAUGGAAGAUGAUGAAUAUAAAGUCUACAUAGGAGGCAUAGUGAGUCAACUUCGUGAAUACUUCCCUGAUUCUUCGUUCAUGGUGUUUAACUUCCGAGAGGGGGAGAACCAGAGCCAGAUUGGUAGCAUAUUGUCUGACUAUGAUAUGACCGUAAUGGACUAUCCCCGUCAUUAUGAAGGUUGUCCAUUGCUUACAAUGGAGAUGAUCCAUCACUUUCUCAGAUCAAGUGAAAGUUGGCUGACACUUCUGCAACAAAAUGUGCUCUUGAUGCAUUGUGAGCGAGGCGGCUGGCCAAUUUUGUCAUUUAUGCUUGCUGCCCUCUUGAUAUAUAGAAAGCAAUUCACUGGGGAGCAGAAAACUCUAGACAUGAUUUACAAGCAAGCACCGCGAGAGCUUUUGCAGCUGAUGUCACCUCUUAAUCCAUUGCCUUCACAGCUGAGAUAUCUGCAGUAUGUAUCAAGAAGGAAUGUAGGCUCACAGUGGCCUCCACUGGAUAGGGCACUUACACUAGACUGUGUUAUUCUUAGAAUCAUUCCCAAUAUGGAUGGAGAGGGGGGUUGCCGUCCAAUAUUUAGGAUUUACGGUCAGGACCCUCUAAUGGUUGCUGAUCGAACUCCCAAAGUUCUUUUCUCAACACCAAAAAGGAGCAAACUUGUUCGGUAUUACAAGCAGGAAGUUUGCAAUUUAAUCAAAAUUGACAUCCAUUGUCAUAUUCAAGGUGAUGUUGUGAUGGAGUGUAUUAAUGUGGAGAGUGAUUUGGAAAGAGAACAGAUGAUGUUCCGAGUCAUGUUCAAUACGGCUUUUAUAAGGUCAAAUAUCUUAAUGCUAAACCGUGAUGAAAUUGACACGUUAUGGAAUGUUAAAGAUCAAUUUCCAAAGGAUUUCAGAGCAGAGGUUCUUUUUUCAGAAAUGGACUCUACUUCAUCUCUUGCGUCAAUUGAUUUGCCGGGUUUGGAGGAGAAAGGUGGCCUACCUGAGGAAGCAUUUGCUAAAGUGCAAGAGAUGUUCAGCAAUGUGGACUGGCUAGAUACAAAACCUGAUGCAGCACUAAAUGUGCUCCAGCAUUUCACUACACUGCAAGAAAAUUUGGAAAACAUUUCUCCCCAGAGAGCAGCAAUAGGCGGUUUGACACCAAAGUCAGCUUUUGACAGAAUUAUUGAUGAAUCAAAACUGAAGGAAUCAGAGCGCAAGUGCAGAAGUCCCACAUACCUUUCCUCGAGGGAUCGAUCCAUAGAUGCAAAUUCAAUGAGACGGAAGCUUGAAUCCCAAGCAUCUCCAACUGCAAAUUCAAUUGUGGAGAAGGUUGAAGCUGACAACAAUGCUGACCAAUCGAUUCACUCUAUUAAACCAUCGCCAGAUGUAUAUUCAACUAGGGAGAAGGUUGAACCUCAGGAGCUAACAAUUGCAUCCCAAUCUAUGCCUUCCUCUAAAUUAUGUCCAGAUGUGCAUUCCAUACGAAGGAAGGUUGGUGCCCCAGAACUGCAGGUUUCUCUCCAACGGCCUACUCAAUCUAUGAUCAUAUCCCCUCGAGUGUCAAAAACUCCACGAUCUUCUCCUUACCACGGUGCACUCUCAACCCUUGGUAUUUCAGCUUUGUUGCAUGAUCAUUCGGCAUCUAAUGGUGAGGAAGUCGGGCGUCCAAUGACAUUAGCAUCCUCAACAAUUUCAUCUCCUGUAACAAAUGUACAGAAACCUGUGCAGCUCAAUCAAGUAUCUAAUGUAAGCCUGCCAUCUCCACCGCCGCCGCCACUACCUUUUUCCUCACUGCAAUAUCCCAUUGAGGCUCCUACAACUUCGAAAAAUUUUGUUGCAACUGAUUCUGCUCCUCAAUCAACUCCAAAAGCAACAUAUUCUUCACCUGAUCAUCAUGCUGACAAAUUUUUAGAUAGAAAUCAGUCAUCAUCAAGUCCUGCUCCCCCUCCUCCUCCCCCUCCCCCUCCUGUUUCAGGGGAAUCAAUCAGUAAAUCAUUAUCAACUCCUCCUCCAACCUCAUCUUUUUCAGAAGUGUCCUCAUCACCCACUGUAAAUGAAUACUCAACUUCCCCUGCCCCUCACCCUCCCCCUCCCCCUUGCCCUUCCCCUUCCCUUUCGGAAACAUCUCCGUCAUCCGCUAUCAAGAACUCACAUUUAAGUUCCCCCCGUCCUCCGCCUCCUCCUAAGCUUGCUUCAUUAGUUGCCUGCUUAGUUUCUUCUCCACAGCCUACAACAAAUUCAGCAGUUAUUUCUAGAACUUCACCACCACCUCCUCCUCCGAUGUGUUCCAGGUCUGUGUUGGACUCCCAGAGUGUUCUUUCAGUGCCACCACCCCCGCCUCCUCCUUGUUCUGGUCAAAAGGAUUCCUCAUCCAAUAAUACUGCACCUCCAGUACCACCACCUCCUGCUUCUCUUGGCAAAGGUUUAUCAAAAACCUGUGGUGCCUCUAAUUUAGGAACCGGCAAUGGAAAUGUGCCUCCAGUUCCUGGACCACCUUCUGGUGGUCCAUUGGGUGCAAGGGGGCGGGGCCUAUCACGUGCAAAUCCAAGAAAUCAGGUUCCUAGAAAGGCAAAUCUGAAGCCCUAUCAUUGGUUAAAAUUGACUAGAGCCAUGCAAGGAAGUUUGUGGGCUGAGACACCAAAAUCUGAUGAUGCUUCCAAAGCUCCAGAAUUUGACAUGUCAGAACUGGAGAGUCUUUUCUCCGCAGUUGCUCCAAAUAGUGGUCAUGGAGGGGGGGAAAAAUCAAAUCGCCGCACCAGGGGACCUAAACCUGAGAAAGUUCAGCUGAUUGAGCUCAGACGGGCAUAUAAUUGUGAGAUCAUGCUUUCAAAGGUUAAAAUUCCUUUGCCUGACCUAAUGGGUUCAGUGCUUGCCUUGGAUGAUUCAGCACUAGAUGUUGAUCAGGUUGAUAACCUUAUCAAGUUCUGCCCAACAAAAGAAGAGAUGGAAUUGCUUAAGGGUUAUAAUGGAGAUAAGGAAAACUUGGGAAGAUGUGAACAGUUCUUCAUGGAAUUGAUGAAAGUGCCACGGGUGGAGUCAAAGCUGAGAGUUUUUUCAUUUAAGCUACAGUUCCAUCCCCAGGUUACUGACCUCAGACGAAACUUGAACGUUGUAAAUUCAGCUGCUGAAGAGAUCAGGAGUUCAAUCAAGUUAAAAAGGAUCAUGCAAACUAUUCUUUCUCUGGGCAAUGCUUUGAACCAUGGAACUGCAAGGGGUUCUGCUAUUGGAUUUCGAUUGGAUAGUCUCCUCAAACUCACAGAUACACGAGCUCGGAAUAACAAGAUGACUCUUAUGCAUUAUCUCUGUAAGGUUCUGUCUGAAAAGCUUCCAGAACUGCUCGAUUUUCCAAAGGACCUCAUGAAUUUGGAAGCUGCAACCAAAGUGCUCUUCUUUUUCUUCAUACAAUUGAAAUAUUUGGCAGAGGAAAUGCAAGCCAUUAGUAAAGGACUGGAGAAAGUUGUGCAGGAAUUGACUGCUUCCGAGAAUGAUGGUCAAGUGUCGGAAAGUUUCUGUAAGAUCCUAAAGGAAUUCCUCAGUUCUGCUGAAAGUGAAGUGAGAUCUUUGGCUUUACUUUAUUCUACAGUGGGUAGAAAUGCAGAUGCAUUGGCUCUUUAUUUUGGGGAAGACCCUGCUCGAUGCCCAUUUGAGCAAGUAGUGUCUACUCUGCUAAAUUUCGUGAGGAUGUUUUCCCGAGCACACGAGGAAAACUGCAAGCAGCUUGAGUUUGAAAGGAAAAAAGCAGAGAGGGAUGCAGAAAAUGAAAAGUUGAGGAUGGGUGCCUCCAAAAGGGAGUCUGAACACUUGAUGCAGACUCGUAUCGAAAGUGGGAAUAUCAAAUGAUGAAUUGCUUUAUACUCGUAGUCUACAAAUCGGAACAGAAGUGUUCUCAUGCAGAUAAGCAUCAUUACUCCCAUUUCAAGGACCAAGGCACAACCUACAGCCGGCAAUUGUAAGAAAAAAGGCAUUUUACGUUGCGGUCAGAAUACCCUGCUAAGGAAAUGCAGAUGUGAAUGGCAGGGACAGAUGCUGAUCUUAAGUUGUGAGCCUACUAUUACUACUACUACUGGGAGCUCUUUUGCUGUUACUGAGUGGCAGGGACAGUGAUGAUGUUUAAACAAAUGCCUAUUUCUGUUGAAGCAGCAGAAAUGGUGGUACGAAAAAGUCGUGUUAUACGAUACAAGCCCACUAGCAAGAUCUCUCUCUCAAGAAUUUUGUUGUAAAAAUAUUGUUAUAUCCUGUGAUUCCGUAAUUUAUCCAUGGUAGGCCAUUUUUUGGUUAAAAAUGUUGUAGUAUUUCUUCUGUAUAUUUUUGAGACAGUCAUAGUGAUGUAAAUUUUUAGUAGUUUAUCAAUAAUCAAGGGCGUAAUUUCUUUUAUAAUCAA